CAAUGCAUAAUAUUAAUAGAUACAAUUGUUUUUCUAUAUCUUUGGAUAUUAUUCUAGGCUUGCUUUCGAGUGGAAAGCCAGCAGCCCAGAGUUCUCUAGGAUGGCAAGGACUGCCAGCAAGGGCGGUAGAUGGCGAUUAUCGUGCACGAUAUAGUGAAAGAACAUGUACACACACACAAAAUGACAACCCAAGCUGGUGGAGAGUUGAUCUCGGACAAUCGUUAACUGUCCGCUACGUCCGACUGAAGAACAGAGGAGACUGUUGCAGUGAUCGAUUAAAUAAUGCCCAAGUUCGUGUCGGUGACAAUGAAGACGUCAUGUCCAACGCAGAAUGUGGUCCAGCAUUUACGAUGGAGGACAUUACCGAUGUACGGUACCCUUUCCGAAUAUGCAAUGAAGGCGUCCAGGGACGUUACGUUAGCGUUAACGUAAACAACUACCUGACUUUGUGUGAAGUUGAGGUUUUCGAUACAUUGCUGAUCUCGAACAACGGGGUAGCUACUCAGAGCUCCAUUGGAUGGGGUGGCGCGGCUCAAAGAGCCAUCGAUAAUAUGCUAACCGGGAAAUAUUCACGAAACAGCUGCACACAUACACAGAAUGAGCCUAAUAGUUGGUGGAUGGUUGACCUCCAAGAGACCUUUGACAUCAAUUACGUACGAAUUUACAACAGAGUGGACUGCUGUCAAGAUCGUCUGUUAGAUGCUAUCGUUCGUGUAAGCCUUGAAGAAGACAAUCAAUCUGGCGAACAAUGCGGUCAGCCUGUUUCUGCCCUUGAUGUCCGUGGCGGCAAACGUAUUAGUCGACAGUGCAGCCUCAACGGCCGAUAUGUCUCUGUUACAGUCAGCAACUAUUUGACCCUGUGUGAAGUGGAAGUCUUUGGAUUACCUGAUGCUGCAACAAUAACGGCUAGAGAAGCAGCCGCUGCCGAAGCAGCCCGUUUAUUGGCAGAGGCAGAAAGAGCCGCACAGGAAGAGCUCCGAGGAAUAAGACUUGUCGGAGGUGCCUCCGAAAAUGAAGGAAGAGUCGAAGUAUUCGCCAACGGCGGAUGGGGUACUGUAUGUGAUGAUUACUGGGGUAUUCUUGAUGCAGCUGUGGCCUGCAGACAAAUGGGAUAUCAAGGAUUAGCCUCCAGUGCUCCUAUGCGAGCUGAAUUCGGACAGGGUGAUGUACCUAUCCUUCUAGACGAUGUUGCAUGCACUGGUUUAGAAGAAAACCUGGUCGACUGCCCGAAUAUUGGGAUUGGUAGACACAACUGCGCUCACAGUGAGGAUGCUGGUGUUGUCUGUAAUACUGGGGACGCUGAACCUGGUCCUGCGGCCGAUCAACCGCACAUUAGACUUGUUGGUGGAAGCAGUGACAGUGAAGGAAGAGUUGAGAUUUACGUCAACCAUUAUUGGGGCACAGUAUGUGAUGACAGUUGGGAUAUCAAUGAUGCUAACGUAGUUUGUAGACAGCUAGGGUACACUCACGGUGCACAGGACGCUCCGCAAAGUGCCCGAUUUGGAGAAGGAGACGUUCCUAUUUUACUGGACGACGUCGCCUGCUCUGGCACAGAAUCCGAUUUAUUGGCUUGUGGCAAUCUGGGAAUUGGAAGACACAACUGCGCCCACUCGGAGGAUGCAGGUGUUAUUUGUAAUAGUAAGUUAACGCUAAUAGUAGGUUUUCCUUUCUUCUGCAUAGGUUUGCCAGAUGCAACGCACAUACGUUUUUUUUCUUUUUUCAAUUCCGCUUCCGCAAUUUGGAACGAGCUCGAGAUUCGGCUUGACAUCUCACGCGAAUGCGAAGGCCGUGUUGAAGUCUGGUCGGAAGGAAGAUGGGGAACAGUGUGUGAUGACUACUGGAGCAUGGAAGACGCCAACGUCGUCUGCAGGUACCUGGGAUUCACAGAAGGAGCACUAGGAGCCCCAAUGCAAGCUAGGUUCGGCGUAGGUAGUGGCGAUAUCAUUUUAGAUGAUGUCAGGUGUGGUGGAACCGAGUCAAGUAUAUUUGAUUGUUCUCACACUGAACGUCAUAAUUGUGGACAUCAUGAAGAUGCAAGUGUCAUCUGUUCUUGUAAUACAGAUAUUCGACUUGUUGGAGGAGGCUCAGAACUCGAAGGUCGUGUUGAAAUAACAAUUAAUGGACAAUCUGGUACGGUAUGCGAUGAUGCUUGGGAUAUCAAUGACGCUCAUGUAGUAUGCAGAGAACUAGGCCUAGGCAGAGCAAGAGAGGCUGUCUCGCAAGCCAGGUUUGGACAAGGGUCAGGCGAAAUUCUCCUGGACAAUGUUGGCUGCGGCGGUACAGAAUCAAGACUUAUUGAUUGCUCAAACAUUGGAAUAGGAGUGCACAACUGUGCUCACAGUGAAGACGCAGGUGUCAUCUGUAUUGGUACCGAUACGCCACCCGACCCACCAGUAAGACUUGUCGGUGGAAGUGACAACGAAGGGCGAGUUGAAGUAUACGCGGACGGAGAGUGGGGUACAGUUUGUGAUGACUACUGGGACAUAAGUGACGCUAGAGUUGUCUGCAGACAACUAAGUUUAGGAGACGCAAGAGAAGCCCCGCAGAGGGCACAUUUUGGACAAGGGUCUGGAACGAUUAUGCUUGAUGAUGUCAGGUGUCUUGGAACUGAGUCCGAUAUUGUUAGUUGCCCUAACAUUGGACUUCGAAGACAUAAUUGCGGUCAUCACGAGGAUGCAAGCGUCAUUUGUACUGGUAGUGGUUCGCAACCUAACUCAGAUAUAAGACUUGUCGGUGGAGGUAACAGCAAUGAAGGGCGAGUUGAAGUAACCAUUGGUGGACGAUCAGGUACUGUAUGUGAUGAUGCCUGGGAUAUAAACGACGCUCAUGUUGUAUGCAGAGCUCUAGGCCUGGGUAGAGCUACAGAGGCUGUCUCGUAUGCCGGGUUUGGACAAGGGUCAGGCGAUAUUCUCCUGGACAAUGUUGGCUGCAGUGGUUCAGAAUCAAGUCUUGCUAGCUGCGCAAACAAUGGCAUAGGAGUGCACAACUGCGCCCACAGCGAAGACGCAGGUGUCAGGUGUACUGGUACCGGUUCGCAACCUAACCCAAAUAUAAGACUUGUCGGUGGAGGUAACAGCAAUGAAGGGCGAGUUGAAGUAACCAUUAAUGGACGAUCAGGUACUGUAUGCGAUGAUGCCUGGGAUAUAAACGACGCUCAUGUUGUAUGCAGAGCUCUAGGCCUGGGUAGAGCUACAGAGGCUGUCUCGUAUGCCGGGUUUGGACAAGGGUCAGGCGAUAUUCUGCUGGACAAUGUUGGCUGCAGUGGUUCAGAAUCAAGUCUUGAUAGCUGCGCAAACAAUGGCAUAGGAGUGCACAACUGUGCCCACAGCGAAGACGCAGGUGUCAGGUGUACUGGUACCGGUGCUCGCAUAUAGGGAAUGAUUAUGUGGUUCAACAUGGAACUUCGUUACCGCUAUUAUGCACUUAACUGACUAUCGGAUGUGUAUUGCAAAACAAAUAUUGUUAACAUUUAUUAUUACUUGGGUUUCUUUUUGGUGAUUUUUCUUGAUCUGAAUUUAACUAAAUAAAGGAAAUAAUAGUUUUCUCUUUACAUCAA